UAUUAUGAGUUUAAAGAAUCGAAUUCUGAAAUAUUGUAUGUUGUAGGCAUUUUGAACUCGAAACGUUCCUUUGAAAGAAACUGAAUUCAUUUCUUUUGUUCCGUAUGAUUUUAGAACUGUCUCUACACCUAACCAAUAGUUGUCAAGUCCUCCGUUUGGCGGGAAUAUGUGCUUAAUAUUCCCGCUUGUUGCAAUUAGUGUUUGCUCCUUAUGUUGUAAAUAAAUUUACUUGUAUAUUUCUUGAAAUUCAUAAUAAGAUGCCCGAAAUAACAAUUAAUAAUGUUAUCGUCAAUUUUCCUUUUAAACCGUAUUCUGUACAAGAAGAAUAUAUGACCAAAGUGAUAGAAUGCCUCCAGAACAAUAAAAAUGGUGUUUUGGAAUCACCAACUGGAACUGGAAAAACUCUCAGUCUUUUAUGUUCCUCCUUAAGUUGGUUAUUGACAAGAAAAGCUCAAAUGCAAGCACAAUCGUUGAUAGGUGCAGUAGAUAAUCCCACUUUUGGAGGACAUUUUUUUAAAAAGUUAAACAAUGAGCUUAAAGAAGCUACGGGUAGCACAAAACCUUCUACUGGUUUUACUUGGGCAGCACCAAAAAUUAUUUAUGCAUCUAGAACACAUUCCCAACUUUCUCAGGCGAUGCAAGAAUUGAAAAGAACUUCUUACAAACAUGUAAGUGUGGCUGUAUUAGGAUCUCGAGAUCAACUUUGUAUUCAUCCAGAAGUUUCCAAAGAAACCAAUUCUUCCAACAAGAUACAUAUGUGUCAUUCUAAACUAAAAUCUAGGACAUGUUUUUAUUACAAUAAUGUUGAAACCAGGAAAGAAGAUCCUUUUUUUAAACAAGAAGUAUUAGAUAUAGAAGAUUUAGUUAAAGCAGGUCAAAAAUACAGAUGUUGCCCAUAUUUUUUAUCUAGAGAACUUAAACAAACUGCAGAUAUUACCUUUAUGCCAUAUAAUUAUUUAUUAGAUCCAAAAUCACGAAGAUCUCAAGGUAUAGAUUUACAAAACUGUGUUGUUCUCCUAGAUGAAGCACACAAUAUUGAAAAAAUAUGUGAGGAAGCAGCAUCUUUACAGAUAUGUAGUACUGAUAUUGCAAUGUGCAUUGAAGAACUAUCAGUAGUAAUGGAAGACAUGGCUAAAGAAAUGACAGAACAAAACGAUUUUUUAACAGAAACAACAAAUGUUCAAAAAGAUUUUACUGCUGAUGACUUAUGUAUCUUAAAAUCUAUGUUUUUGGAAUUAGAAAAGGCUAUUGAUGCAAUAGAAAUCAAAAAACGUGAAGAAGGAGAUACACACCCUAGUGGAUUCAUUUUUGAAUUAUUAGAAAAAGCACAAUUGACCCACGGUAAAGAGCAACUUGUAAUAGACAAAUUAGAUAAAAUUGUAUUUUACUUAUCAACUGCAAGUAUAUCUCCAUUUGCAAGGAAGGGUAAUGCUCUCCAAAAAUUCAGUGACCUGCUAAGAACCGUGUUUAGCAGUGGCAAUAGCGCUCGUUAUAAAGAGAAAAUUAAACAAUGCUAUAAAGUAUAUAUUCAGGUAGAAGAACCAAAAAAAGGUAAAAAAGAUGUUUGGGAAUCGAAAAAAAAGGUCUUGAAGAAUGAAGGAAAAAUUAUUAGCUAUUGGUGCUUCAGCCCUGGAUAUAGCAUGCACCAAUUGAUGGAACAAGGUGUGCAUUCAAUAGUGUUAACAAGUGGAACAUUAUCUCCCUUACAACCUUUUAUAUCUGAUCUUGGAAUACCAAUUGAAGUUCAAUUAGAAAAUCCACAUAUUGUAAAAGGAGAUCAAAUAUGUGUAGGUGUCCUUAGUCAAGGCCCUGAUGGCUAUUCUUUAAAUUCUUCUUUUAAUACAAGGAAUGAUCCAAAAUACAUAAUGUCUCUUGGUCGAACAAUAUUUAAUUUUAGCUGCCUUAUUCCUGAAGGUUUACUAGUUUUUUUCCCUUCGUAUCCAGUAAUGAAAAAAUGUAGAGAGGAAUGGCAAAAUGUUGGUUUGUGGACUAAAAUAGCAGAACGUAAGCCAAUAUAUGUAGAACCGCAAUACAGAGAUGAAUUUGCGAGUAUUAUGAGUGAAUAUUACGAAAAAAUUAAUGAUCCUUCUCAUAAAGGAGCUAUUUUUAUGGCGGUUUGUAGAGGUAAAGUGAGUGAAGGACUCGAUUUUGCUAAUGCAAAUGGAAGAGCUGUGCUAAUAACUGGCCUACCAUUCCCACCUUUAAAAGAUCCUAGAGUUAUAUUGAAACAGCAAUACUUAGAAGAAAUGAAACGUUUGGAUAAAGAAACUUUAUCUGGACAGCAAUGGUAUCAACUGGAAGCAUCACGGGCUGUGAAUCAAGCUAUUGGUCGUAUAAUUCGUCAUAAAAACGACUACGGAGCUAUAAUCCUUUGCGAUUGUAGAUUUGAGAAUCCAAGUUUCAAAAAGCAGUUGUCUGCGUGGCUCAGGCCCCACGUUAAAAAGUUUAAUAAUUUUGGUGUUAUUACAAAAGACUUAAGAGACUUUUUUAAAUAUGCGAACCGUGCCUUCCCGCAACCAAAUAGUGGCAUGUAUUCGGGUGUUUCACUGUCAGCAACAUCUGCGUCGUUUGACACGAUUGCGUCUCGAACGUUAAAGAAUACUUCUAAAGCAAAUGAUCACAUAACUCGAGUAGAAGACAAUUUUAACAUUGAUUUAUAUGUUGAUGGAAAUGAAACAGAUAAAAAGCCUACUGAAGUAAAGAAGAAAAGUUUCUUCGAGAUUUUAGCGACCGAUUCGAAACCUAUGAUCAAUUUUAGUGAUUGUAAAUUAAAAGAACAACAAAACUUUUCUGAAUCAACAAAAAGUACUACUGGAUCAGCCCCAAAGAGAAGAAAGAUAAAAAUAUUACCAAUGGAAUGCAAUGAGUAUGUAUCAGGUCCUUCUACCGCUUCAGAUGCAAAUGUAACAAAUUCUCAACAAAAUAAUACAGAAGCUGACGACAGUACCGAUAAAAAAGCUCUAGGCAAAACAUAUUUAAAAAAGGUAAAAUGUUCAUUAUCAGAAUCCAAUUAUAAAAUAUUUGCAAAAAUGAUACAAGACUAUAACAGCACAAAUAAUUUUGAAGAAUUGUUAAAAGUACUUCAGACUCUGUUUCCACCCAACAAAGGAUUACUUCAUUUAUUUAUAGGAUUUAAACAUUUUUUAAAGAAACAGCAUAUCGCUCCAUUCGAAAGCCAUGUUGCACUUUUAGGAAAUACGUAAUUGCAACCGUCAUGUGACAAGUGAUGAAAAAAAUAAAAAAAAUUCGAUUUUAGUUUUAUAAGUAAAUGUACUUUGCGUAUUUUAUAUUUUUGUAUUAACUAAAAAUGUGAUAACAAAUAAUUUAAUUUUUCAUCCAAUGCAUUGUAGUUUUUUACUCAAUCACUAACUUCCGUUGAAAAUGUAUUGAUACAUUCGACCAACGCAAACGUGUUACAGACGUACGAAGUCUGUAUUAAAAUUACAAUUAGAACUUAUACAACAUGGUAAGGAACUAAAUUUGUACAACGGUAUUUUUAAUACUUAUAUAAAUACAAUAGUGCCGCUUGAGUUGUCCGCAACUCUGAAUCUUAUUUGACCAAGUUUCAAGAAAAGUAAUAUAAUUCCAGAAUAUCCUACAUAUGUACAUACUUCUUUAUUCUUUGUAUAUUAGGAAUAAUCUUUAAAAAGUGUAACGAUGGCCAACUUUCAAGGCAGAAUCACGGUCAACUUUUGCAAUAGCACUGAAUAAAUAUUGGAAUUAUAUUCUCUUUUUUUAUUUAAUGCACAUCAAAAACAAUUGUACUAACUAAAUUAGUACAGUCUUUGAGGGGGUCCCAUGGAAGAUUUGAUGUGAAGAGAGCGCACAUUUUGCCAGUGCUUCUU